UCCAGCUAGACAGGAGCUUUGCAGCUCUGGGAGGGGCGCGGGCGCCGUGGGAACUGAGUCUGGAAUGUGAUGGAGGCUAAGAGGGUCGCGGGAACCGGUCUCUAGCUGCUGUGCUGCGCAUGUGCAGUUCAUCUUCAUUGUUCGCUCCCGCGUCCCGCUGCGCUCGGAGGAAUCCCUCAGAUCCUCAGGGUCCACGCGUCGCUCAGAGACCCGGUGCCCAGUCAGGUUCAAAGUUCUCUGGAUCACGGUUCCUGUAAGAAAGAAGAGCACAUCAGAAGCAGGACAUCCCCCCCCCCACGGGAGACACCUCCUCUCUGGGGUGCAGUGUUCCACAGCUGUAGGGCAGAGGCCCAAGAAACAGGCAGCGUGUGAAGCACUUGCUGAGCCUUCUGCCCUGUGACGUCAUCUCAGUAGACACCUGUCCAGCGGCAGCAGCGGGGCCAGCUUCCAAGGGAAGGAGGUGACGUGGGCCACCCACGGGAAGUGAACAAGAGCCUCUGCAGCUCUCCAGGGACAGACGGACAUGAACACAGCCCAGGGACAAGUGUUGUUCAAAGAUGUGUGUGUGACCUUCACUCAGAAGGAAUGGCAGUUGCUGGGUGCUGCCCAGAGGCACCUGUACAGGGAGGUGAUGCUGGAGACCUACAGGCACCUGCAAGCCGUGGGCUGCAGUGUAAACAAACCUGAGCUGAUACGCAAGUUGGAACAGGGAGAAGGUCCUUGGGAAUCUCCAGGUUGCAGCCUCUUAGAAGUCCGGGGAGCCAAUAACAUGGCAACAAGCCAAGGAAAUGAAGACGAAUAUUUGAGUCAAGUUUUAUUUGUCAACAACAAAACACUAACUAAGAAGAAAAGCAAGGAUCUAAAAGAAAUAGUUUAUCUGACCACAAACUCAGUGGCCUCAAGAGAAAGACACUUUUGA